UUAACGACAGGUGGGUCACCUCCCCCUCCCCCAUCCCAGAGCCAUUUAAUACUUCAUUGCCUCCCCCCUCAGUCACAUUUGGGAUCCAGCAGUUGCUGCUCAGAGUCUGGGAAUUGUGUUUGUUCCCAUCUCCUGCCUGACUGACGGAAGAGACUAGAAUAAUGCGACUGGAUGCAGAUAUUGAGCCCAGAGUCUUUUUCCCUCCGGGGGGAGAGCGGAUACGGAUCUGCAGUGACAUUCUGGAUUCCCAGUUGUUACGUCCCUCAGUGGUCACAUUGGAAAGGAUAAAAUCCAAUCCAUUGGAUCAUCACAAAACUAGUGGUGCUCUGCAGGACACACGACACGCAAAAUGUGCUGAGAUGCAUGCCAAAACCUGGACUUACGGUGAGAAGUGGAGGAACCCUGUUGUUGCUGGCUUUAGACUCGGUUCCUAUGGAAAAGGAAAAAGCCAUUGUUUGGCUGAACAACAAAAGAUUCCGAAGAGCUACAACCAACAAAAAGCUGCAAUGAACAAAAAUAUAAAUAGAACUUUACAAUUAAACAGUCAAAAAACUAUAAUUUUCCCAUUAAUUCAGAAGAGUCAUAAACUGUCUGCACAAAGAACAAAGAGAAGUGUGAUCUCUAGUGCCCAGAGCACCAUCAAACCUUUUGCCUGUACAAAGUGUAAGAGACGAUUCUGUAGCAACAAGGAACUUUUCUCCCACAAACGUAUUCACACUGGGAGGCCAUUUGUCUGUGCUGUUUGUGGGAAAUACUUUUCAGACAGAAUCAUCCUCCAAGCGCACCAGCGGCUUCAUACAGGGGAGAAACCAUUCACCUGCACUCAGUGUCAUAAAAGCUUUCUGUACAAAAGAAACCUUCAUCAACAUCAGCAAAUCCAUCAAAAGCACAAACCAUAUGUCUGUUCUACAUGUGGGAAACAACUGAAGAGCAAACUCACUCUUAACCAACAUAUGAAAACUCACAGCAACAUUAAACCUUUUGCCUGUUCUGAGUGCAGCAAAUCCUUCCGAUUCAAGGCCCAUCUUCACAGCCACCAAAGAGUCCACACUGGAGUGAAACCAUAUACUUGUAAUGAAUGUGGAAGAAGUUUUUCUCAGUUUGGGACAUUUAAGGCCCACUGUCAAAUUCACACCGGUGAAGAACCAUUUGCUUGUUCUGAAUGUGGAAAAAGAUUUAAGUUAAAAAAGACUCUUCAAUUGCACCUGUUGUGUCACACUGGGGAGAAGCCAUUUUCCUGCUCAGAGUGUGGUAAAUCAUUUAGAUUAAAGUCCAAUCUUCAAACCCACCAACGUGUUCACACCGGAGAGAAACCAUUUGAGUGUAUAGAGUGUGGCAAAUGUUUCCGGAUAAAGACUAAUCUUGAGUCACAUCGACUAACCCACACUGGGAUUAAAUCAUUUGAAUGCUCUGAGUGUGGGAGGCAAUUCAGUCGCAAGUACAGACUAAUUCAGCACCAGUUAAUUCACACCGGGGAGAAGCCGUUUGAAUGUGCCACUUGUGGUCAACGGUUUAAUCGCAAAUUUACCCUCAAUAAGCACCAGUUAGUCCACACUGGGGAGAAACCCUAUGUCUGUACUGAGUGUGGAAUGGGCUACAAGGAUAAGAGGAAUCUGGUCGCUCAUCUUCGGACUCACACAGGAGAAGCAGGUAUUCCUUGUACUGAGUGUGGGAAAACCUUCCUAUCGGAGAAAAGCCUUAAAAACCACAUGCAGACACACACUGGGUUGAAGUCGUUUGCCUGUAAAGAGUGUGGGAAAUCCUUCUCACGUAAGGCAUAUUUUGAGACUCACAAGCUAAUGCAUGCUGGGAUAAAGCCCUUUGAAUGUACUGAGUGUGGAAAACAGUUUCUGAUAAAGCAGCUUUUCAAAAGUCACCAGUUAAGUCACACUGGAGAGAAGCCUUUUGUCUGUCCCGAGUGUGGGCAGGGGUACAAGAGCAAGCAAGGCCUCCAAAACCACCUUCUCUGUCACACAGGAGAGAAACCAUUUGCAUGUAAAGAGUGUGGUCAAAAAUUCCUUUUGCAGAGGAACCUCAACAGACACAAGCUGGUACACAGCAUGGAGAAACCAUUUGUAUGCUCUGAAUGUGGAAAACAGUUCAGCCGCAAGGAUGGACUCCAAAAGCACCAGCUAACCCACACAGGGGAGAAGCCGCAUGUCUGUACGGAGUGUGGGAUAAGCUUUAGGUCUAGACAUCAACUCAGAAUUCAUCUGCGUACUCACACUGGAGAGACCCCAUUUAAAUGUGAAGACUGCGGGAGAGUUUUCUCUACAAGUCGGAACCUCCAGAUCCACAAAGUGACACACACUGGGGAAAAGCCAUUUACCUGUGAGAAGUGCGGCAAGAGCUUCACACAGAAGGCGAAUCUGAACACUCACCAGCUGACUCACACUGGGGAAAAGAACUUUAAGUGCAAAGAGUGUGGGAAAUGCUUCUCACGUAAAGAUUCCCUAAGGAUUCAUCAACAAAGUCACACCAGGAAGAAACUAUGAGUGUGAGAAAAGCUUCUGCUGGAAGAAUCAUCUUCAGACUCAUGAAUUGACCCAUACUGGAAAGAAACGAUUUAGUUUUACAGUGUGUGGGGAAAAGUUUUUGAGUAACUUGAGUAACAUCAGAGCAUUCACAAGAGGGAUGCUAAUAUUGAAUAUUAGCAAUAGGUCUGCACUGGUCCUCACCCCCUGUGAUGUGCUACUUAGAGGUAUUGGUAUGAACCAAUGAAAUUACAUUUACUCAAUAGAUGGGCAUAGCGUACUCAUGAGGCCUAGUGCAACUCAACUUUCUCAGGGAGUGUGAUCCUUAUCUGUCUUGCCCACUUAUCACGUCUAUGCCAAAUAAAAGGGAAAGAUGGAAUAUAAGGGCUCCUCAAAUUCUACCUUCCAGAAACAGUGGCAUCACAAAGAGCAAACUCUUCCAUAAAUGAUGCAGAACCCUUGAUGAGGACAUUUGUAAACCAAUAAAACACAUGUAUCCCACUGCAGCCAGUAGAGAGCAGACUUCCCACUGAUCUGAUUUUUUAAUGCAAAUUCAUAUUUCUUGGCUGAGGAAACAUGUUUUCUCCUUUGCAUUUUUAUGGAAGAAUUUUAAGAAUAGAUUUAGGAUUGUGUUUUCUCUCUUUUUAAUAAAGAACAGUAUUUGGAGAUUC